CGCGAGAUUUGCCGAGGUCCCGAAUGGUUAUCGGCGUGGCGGUGGUGAAGGGCUGGAGUCCGGGCCCCCGGGAUGAGUGCGGGGUGUAGCGACGGCGGGAGGGGCAGUGAAGGGCCUACCCCUCCUCCUUGCAACGUCACCCACCAUGAACUGACUACGGUGACCAUGGACGGGGCUUGCAAUGAAACCAGUGCUGACCCUGACGCAGGAGGGGGAGCACAGGAGCCUUUGGAGAGCAGAGACAGCCCCGGGGAGGAGGAGGACGAGGAUGAAGAGGACGAGGAUGAAGAGGAGGAGGAGGAAGAGGAGGAAGAGGAUGAAGAUGAAAGCGGAGACAGCGAGAGGGUGAUCAGAAAGUGUGUGUACGAGGGCUGUACGGAGACCACUACGCAAGUGGCUAAACCGAGGAAGCCCUGGAUGUGCAAAAAGCACCGCAACAAAACUUACAAGGACAAGUACAAGAGGAGGAAGAGUGUCCGGGCCAUGGCCAACUCAAACAAGAGUGAUGAUGACACAGAUGAAAGACCUACCUCUGUCACUAAACAGCGUCUGAGCUGCAUGAUUGUGCAUCAAGCAAGUCGUAAAGCAAGUCUUCUUGAGCAGGUUUUAAAUCAAAAGAGAUUGUCAUUAUUGAGAAGUCUAGAAGUUAUCCAAUUUCUACAAGAACAGCAACGAUUGCUGAGUAACCAAGCCCUUGCCCAAAGGCAACAGUUUCAAGAAUCACCAAUGUGAAGCUUACUUUACAACACUGGUUGGUAAAUCAAAUGCUAUAAGUUUAAGUAUUACAAAGAAGGUGGGAAUGAAAUGUGUUUGUCAUUUUUCUUUGCAGAGCUUUUGCAUUUCCAGAGUUUUACCUCAACUGUAUAAACAACCUUCCAUGCACUUCCUUAAAAAAAUUAUAUGGACAAGGGACAUGAUUAUGAUUGUGGUUAACUUCUGCUUCUACUUCAUAAAAUGCUUUGGAAUGUUUAGUUAAAAGCACUGUAUACAUUUCAAAUUUCAGUUAAUUUGCAUUUUCACCAAUGCCUUUUUCCUAGUGAAUGUUGUACUUUUGACAGUAGGGAUAGUGAUAGAAAAAUGGAACAAUUCCCUAUUGCAGGACUCUGCAAUCAAUGUUGAGCAUUUCUAGGUUGGAUUCAGGGUGACUACAUUUAAAAAGAAAAGCUCCCUUAACCUUGCACUGACAAUAUGUGUCAUUCUAAAUGUUAAUUGUUGUGCAGAAAGACAUCUGAAGAACCACUGAUUAAAGGGGACAUUAUGAAAAAUAUUAACAUAAGUUAGAGAAAUUUUUCAUCCAAUAAAGAUUCUCCUUUUUUUUAAAUAGUUGUGAAAUUCGGCUUUAGUCAUCAAGAUGUCUAGUGAGGGCAGCAGAGUUCUGUAGGAGUUUAGGUUCGAAAUCUUUGGGAUAUUUAGCUUCUGCUUUCACACAGCAGCCUUUUAAUAUGGUAAGAGAAGCAAGAAAUCAAUAUACAUCACACUGUUGUAGAGAUAUGAUCAUGUUUUUCUCAGACUUCAGGCAUUACAUUAAACUUGAAAUUAGGUGUGGUUAGGAAAGAAGUUGAACUUGUAGCUAUCGUAUAUUACUAUUUUAAAAUGUAAUACUUCAAUGUUUUAUGCUGUUGAGUAAAAAAUGAAACUUAUUUGUAGGUGUAUUAAAUCUUUUUAACCAUAUUUUGUAAAAUACUGUCUUUAAGUAAAUUGUGGCUUUUUAAUCCUUUUGGUUUUUGUUCCCUUCAAAGAAAUUCAGUUUUUCAUUAAAUUAUAAACAAU